AUGUCUGCACCAUGGAACGCGACGCCGGCGAAUGCUGUCGUUGCUCCUCCUGACGAAGAAGGCGCGUUCUGCAAUCUCCUGCAGCGCACCUCCUCCUUUGGGGCUGCCGAGCCACGGACGAAUCAGCGGCGAGGAGCCCCAAUGACCCGCGUCCGCCGCUAUACCGCGAAUGCCUCAUGUCCUGGCCCGCCCAAAAGUCUAUCCAUCGUUCCAUUAUCGCUUCGAGAACCGUCGCCCACGCCACCAAUACCGCUGUGCACCUCCAUCAUGGCUGCACAGCCCAGCGCAACUGCACGCCUGCCCAUCGACGCCCUCUUCACCAAGGGACUGCCUAAGAUUGAGGUACUGCUCCAGCCUCCUUGGUUCCGAGUCAAAGCGCCAAGCGACGCUCAGACUUCCGUUCGCUGCAUUGCUAAUCCCGCGACUCAGCUUCAUGCCCACUUGACCGGCAGCAUCAGUCGCCAGUGCCUACACGACAUAUGGCAGACAAAGAAAGCGCGCCAUCCUGCCUUCGACCUGCAAGAUCCUCUGGUAGCUAUUCCCACGGGAAAGGUCGACUAUGAUAUCAAAACGUUCUUCCCGCUGUUUUCCUCGUACAUAUACCGCCUUUGCAGCGAUUUGCCCAGUGUCCAGUAUUCAACCAAAGCUGUGCUGCAAGACUUCCAAAAUGACGGUGUCGUCUAUGUUGAGCUUCGAACAACCCCAAGAGCAAUUCCUGCGGAGAAUGUAACCAGGGAAGAUUACGUCAGGACCAUCUUGGAUAUACUAAAGGCCCACAACGACGAUGCUAACAACACGAUGCGGGCUUUCCUCAUACUGUCCAUCGACCGCCGCAACACCGUCGCUGAGGCAGAAGAGGUGAUUGAUCUCGCCAUCAAGUAUCGGUCUGCCGGAGUCGUCGGUGUUGACCUCUGCGGCGACCCGGCGAAAGGUGACGUGCGCAUUUUCGGCGACAGCUUCGCGCGAGCAAAGGCUGCAGGACUGAAGAUCACGCUGCACUUUGCCGAGAGCGAGCCUUCGUCUUCAGACUUGGAGCUGCAGACACUUCUAUCAUGGCAGCCCGACAGAAUAGGUCACGUCAUACAUGUCAAAGAAGAGUUUCGAAAGACUAUCCAACAGCACGAUAUCGGCGUUGAGCUGUGCCUCAGCUGUAAUGUGCAUGCUAAGAUGAUCACGGGUACUUACUCCGACCACCACUUUGGAAUGUGGCGGCAAUCCAGUGUUCCGGUCGCACUGAGUACUGACGAUGUUGGUGUUUUUUGCAGUCCGCUCUCGCAAGAGUACUAUCUUGCAGCGCAGCACUUUGACUUGAGCCGUAACGACGUCAGAUCACUUUGCGAGCGCGCAAUCGAUUCAAUCUUUACCGGUCCGGAUGAACAUGCCCGUCUCAAGCAGAUCUACGCGACUUGGGACGGAUGGGUGUUCCGCUUUCUUCUCUACUGCUUGCUUUCUAACAUGUUCAAUACCUUGAGAGACGUUCAUAGUCUCAGCAUGUCUGCGGUUCCACGGAGUGGCCUCAUCCUCAUCAUCGUAGUGAUAAUCUCUCUGAUUGCCGAGGGCGACGCUCAAAAUUCCUCACAGGUUGCCUCUUCAGCAGUUCCCCAGACCUCCGCGCAGACAAUUGCCCAGUCCUCAGAGUCGCCAAUCAUCUACCCAGAUGACUCAUGCAAUCCUGAGCAUAAAGACCUUAUUUACCAGGCCUUUGGAGAUGCUAUGCAGAUGACCAAACUCACCACCCAGAGCACGAUAGACUAUAUUGACGAUCCUGCAUUUUGGCACAUUUUCGGACAAAGAGCUGUUGAUAAUACGACAGCUAUCAAAAAUGCUUUCGAACAAGUCAACGAUGGUCAGUGGUCAAUCUCGGCCACUUGCAACUUUGGCAAUUCGACUCGUUGCGAUGACUUCGCCAUGUAUGGGGGUAUUGCCGAGGAGAAAGGCGAUGCACAAAGGCGUAGUAAUGAGUCGCAACUUUACUCGCCACACCUUAUGUUUUGUCGCGACUUCUUUGCGCUUCCUCCAUUGGAUCAUAGGGUACAGAUGGGUAUCAAUCAUCCCACGGAUUUUAAAGCUCGAUACACCCUCGGAUACUUCCAUGACAACCAGGCCACUACCUUACUUCCUGACGGAUAUGCUCUCUUUGCGCUGUCCAAAUACGUGGCGCCAUACAUCAACAACAAUUUCCCUUUCUUCCCUAGGAUAACUGACGGCACAUACUUUCCUGACCUAGCGUUUGCCAACAACGAAGGAGAUGACGCGCCAAUACAAGUGAACACGGCAUUCCAAAUACCACUGCUCUUCCAACCGAACUACCAAGCGUCACGACUACAACCUACUCGAAAUGUUUUUGAUGCGGAUACUUCGCUCGACCCGGAUCGGAAAGCUGAUAUAACCAGGGUGCCCUACGUUCGUAACGUGCCGGAAAACUCUGCAAGUACCAAGGAGGAAGUGUGGGCUCAUGCUUUCAGCGAAGCAACCAACGACCAACUAUUGAACAUCGAUACAACGUACAACCGUACAUGCUUCGGCCAAAAUUCAAACCUACACCCCUAUGCCAAAGACUUCAACGGAAACGAAGCAGUCGAUCUCGCCACAACGUUCUGCGAAGACAUCAUCAAGGACUGGGACUACGCAACUCCGAUUCCACCCACCGUUCGAGACACGUCACAUUUCAGGAACGCGAGCAGAGAGUAUCCCCUCACGCAAGUCAGUGCUCAAGCGCAUCUUGGCUUCUUCGCCGUCGCUGACCCGGCUACUUUCAUCCAACCUCGAAGUGCCAAGCAAUUCUUCGAAGGAGGUACAGACGAAGCCAAGGUCGAGCACUGCAAACUGACGUACAAGGACAUCAUAAAAGGCUGCGAUACAGAUGUCCAGAAAAGACGCGGUGGCGUCCUCAAACUCAAUGACCGCCUCUACGGCGUCUACACCACUCCUGAUGACCGACCAGAUCACCUCCCGUGGCUGACGGAUUACACGUCCCUCGGUGAUCUUACGUGCGCUGAUUACAAUGCGACGAGCUACUGGCGCAUCGCAACUUCUGUUGAAGAGGAGCAAACGAGGACAUAUGAAGUCCAGUCGGCGCCUAUUGCCAUCACCGAUACGGAUAAACUGAGUAAGCUGUGCACAUGCUGGUACCCUGCCUAUCCUUUUACUGCAGACCUCUUCUGCAAAGGUGCUGCUGUCAAGUGUGAGAAUCUGGCGACCGAAGAUGGGAGGAAAGCAGCGAUUUGGAGCAAGUUCGCUUGUUAA